AUGGCAUUAUUCCUCAUUCUUUUGUUGCUCUUUGCAACCACAAUACUUGCGCAGAUUCCGCGUCCGGCAGCACAAUGCUCUGGAUACCGCGCGACCAAUAUCCAUGAGGAUGUGUCCUACAUGACUGCUGACCUCAUUCUCAUCGACAACUGCAGUUUGCACAGCAAAGACAUUCAAAACUUGCGGUUACUCGUUGAGUACCAGACCGAAGCUCGGCUGCAUGUCUUGAUAGAGGAUGCCCAAAAGGAGGUGUAUCAAGUCCAGGAACACGUUCUGCCUCGGCCCAAGACCCAAAACGUAACUGCAAAUGACGCUGCCCUCAAGUUCAGCUUCACCCAGGACCCGUUCACCUUCAAUAUCACAAGACCCUCUACCGGUGACGUCUUAUUCGAUACAUCAGAUUCACCACUGAAUUUUGAGUCGCAGUAUGUGCGGGUCCGGACCAGCCUCCCGCAGAAUCCCAACCUUUAUGGCCUGGGUGAACACUCGGAUGAUUUUCGGCUGCCCACCAGCGGGUAUAGACGCACAUUCUGGAACGCCGAGUCUCCCUUCAUCCCAAAUCAUGCGAAUUUGUACGGAAGUCAUCCGGUGUACUUUGACCACCGGGGUGAGUCAGGGACGCAUGGUGUAUUCCUCCUCAACUCCAACGGGAUGGACAUUAUCAUCGACAAGACGGAGUCAGGGCAACAGUAUUUGGAGUACAACGCCAUCGGGGGUGUGCUGGACUUUUACUUCGUGGCCGGACCACAGCCGGCUGAAGUAAGCAAGCAGUAUGCCGAAAUCGUUGGCUUGCCUGCCAUGAUGCCGUACUGGACCUUUGGCUUCCAUCAGUGCAAGUACGGCUGGUCCACCAUUGACCACGUGGCUGAGGUUGUGGCCAACUACUCAGCCGCCGGCAUCCCUCUGGAGGUAGUGUGGGGGGAUAUUGACUACAUGGAAGAGAAACGGGACUUCAGUACCGACCCCUCGCGCUACCCCCUGGAUAGGGUCCGCGCACUUGUUGACAACCUGCAUCAAAACAACCAGCAUUACAUUCAGAUCCUCGACCCGGGCAUCCGACGGCUUGACAGCUACGGCCCCUACACACGUGGUGCAGAGAAGCGCGCUUUCCUUCGCGCCUCUGACGGCUCGUUCUACCGUGGCAUGCAAUGGCCCGGCGAGGUAGUCUGGCCGGACUGGUUCACCCCUGGCACGCAAGACUGGUGGACCUCGGAGAUCCUCUCCUUCUACAACCGCUCCACCGGCAUCGACGUGGACGGUCUUUGGGUAGACAUGAACGAAGCCUCCAACAUGUGCGGUGACAUGAACUGCCUCACCUCCGCCUCCACCAUCAUCACCACCGCCGUCGGCAAAAACCCGCACCAACCUCCUCCCCUUCCACCCCACCACCGCCGCCAAACCACUCCCCCCCGAAAAACAGGCCACAAGCUCGGCCUCCCCGACCGCGACCUCCUCUCGCCCACCUACCCCAUCGCCUCCCACCGCGGCCCGCUCUCCGCCUUCACACUCUACACCAACGUCACCAACGCCGACGGCUCCCACCAAUACGACACGCACAACCUUUACGGCAGCAUGAUGUCGGCGGCCACGCGGCGCGCCCUCCUCACCCGCACCCCCCGCAAACGCCCGUUCGUCCUCACGCGCUCCACCUUCGCCGGCGUAGCCGCGCACGCGGCGCACUGGUUCGGCGACAACGCCUCAACGUGGGACCACUACCGCACAGCGAUCCGGCAGCUGCUGGGCGCGGCGGCCGUGCAGGCCAUGCCGAUGGUGGGGUCGGACGUGUGCGGGUUCAAUGGGGAAGCCGAGGAAAAGAUGUGCGCGCGCUGGGCGCUGAUGGCCGCGUUCCAGCCGUUUUACCGCAAUCAUGCUGAUGUGUCCGCGCCCGAUCAGGAGUUUUACAGGUGGCCGUUGGUGGGGGAGGCCGCGAGGAAGGCGGUGGGGGUGAGGUAUCGGUUGUUGGAUUAUUUGUAUACGGCGAUGUGGAGGGCGAGUGAGCAGGGGAGGGCGGUGGUGAGUCCGUUGUGGUUUGGGUAUCCGGGGGAUGAGGCCACGUGGGGCGUGCAGACGCAGUGGUUUUUGGGGGAGGCGCUGUUGGUGAGUCCCGUGGUGGAUGAUGACUCGCAGACGGUGAGGUAUUAUCUGCCGAAGGAUGUGUGGUAUGACUUUUGGACCGGGGAGAAGGUGGUGAGUGCGGGGGAGAUGAAGAGGGUCGAGGGGGUGGCGUGGACGGACAUCCCCGUGCAUAUAAAAGGGGGCAGCAUCGUGCCGAUGAGGGCCAACUCGGCGAAUACCACGGCAGAGCUGCGGAAGCAGAACUUUGUCAUCACGGUUGCGCCGGGGGCGGAUGGGACGGCUCGAGGCGAGUUGUAUCUCGACGAUGGGGAGAGCCUGGAUGUUGGGGACAAAAAGUCGGUAAUCACGAUGAAUUGGAAUGGGAAGGCCGUUGAAGCAAGCGGCACGUUUGGCUACGACACGGAUGUCGUUGUCGAAAGGGUGGUGGUGCUUGGCGACGGAGGAUCGAGGACUCAGGAGGGACCUUGGGGGCUGCGCAAGGCCUUUACCUUGCACCUUUAG